AUGGCAGUCCGUCGGUUCGUGGCUCUCGCUGUGGCCCUGGCACUGAUCUUUGGCCGAGGCCUGAGUGUGGUGGUUCACCUGCAGACCGACGGCGUGGCCAGGGGCGAUUCCGGGCUCACCUGGAGAGGCACCUUCCCGCAGAUGACUCAGGUGAGUGUCUGCUUCCGGGUGUUCCUCCUGCAGACGAGGGAGACCAACUACGUGGUGUCGUAUGCCAUUGAGAGCCACAGCAACGAGAUCUUUGUUGAUGUGCGGUAUUACCAGCAAGAGAUCCGCUUCGGGUGCUGCGGCGACAAGGUGUACCAGACCUUCGGGAUGGACGUGCCCCUCAUGACGUGGAUCCAGGUGUGCUUCUCUCUGGACAUCGGCGCCAGGACGCUCCGGUUCCAGAGCAGCGAGCAGGAGGGCGUCGCCAUGUCCCUCUCUCGCAGCCCGCCCGAGAGCGUCAGCGCCGGUGGCCUGCUGAUGCUCGGCCAGGACCAGGACACGGUGGGAGGGUCGACGGAGGCCGCGCAGAGUCUCCACGGCUACCUGCAGGACCUCGUCAUCCUCAACCGAUCUCUGUCCGGCGCCGAGAUGAAGGCUUUCACGGCCUGCGCGCGGUGGGGCGGCUGGGCCUCCGUGCUGGUCGACUUCCGGAACAUUGAGGAAGCGUUCAGUUUCGGCGCCGUGACCAGCGUCGUGGACCUGGGCUACGGCGACGCCUGUGUCGGGCUGCGUGUGAACGUCGCGCUCUUCCCCGAGACGCGCGACUUCCAGUCGAGCCGCUUCUUCUGCGAGGCGCUCGGGGGCUCGGUCGUCCUCCCCAGACGGCAGCUGGAAAACGACUACGUCACUUACCUCGGGAAGAAGUACUGCGAAGGCGCCCGCAUGUGGCUGGGCGCCGAGUACCAGCCCGGGCGGGAGUACGUGGAGACCGGCACGAACCACACCCUCGCGUACGAGUCGUGGGACCACGAGGUGAAAGGGAUGGACAACAGCUUCGCCGUCCUCUACACGAAGCGGGCGAUCGGCGAGAGGAACUGGGGGAUCUCCACGCCCGAGAGGAAGCUCUGCACAACCUGCGGCCACACCGAGCCCUUCGCGCUCAAGGUGCGAGGACUGUGUAAGGAGACGAAAUUCGACAAGAAGUUCCUGAUCCACAGCUACUCGAACCGCAAACCAGCUUUCGUGGGCUUCGUGUCCUCGAAUCUCACCUGGAUCGCGUACAACAUCACCCAGGACCUCUUCGCCGGGUACUGGAGGCUCUUCCUGACCGCCAGACCGGACAUCCAAGCCGAGAUGGUUAUGGAGACGCGGUAUUCGUACCCGGUCGGCACGCACACCUGGGCUGUCAGCAACGACAUCUGCGCGGGGGACGUCAAGAAGCUCAAGUUCACCACGUGCGGCGCGGGCAUGUUCACCUGCGACGACGGCUCCUGCGUCAACGUCACGCUCCGCUGCGACAAGAAGGUGGACUGCGCCGACAGCUCGGACGAGGAGCGGUGCAACCCGGUCCUCAUCCCCGCCGGCUACGACCGCGCGAUCCCGCCGCCCUUCAUCGAGCACACCUUCCCGGCGGACAUCGUGAUCGAGGUGGACUUCCGCUUCAUCCGGACCAUCCAGAUCUCCGACUUCAGCCUCUCGCUCGACCUCCGCCUCUCGCGCCGCUGGAAGGACGGCAGGCUCAGGUUCCGCAACCUCCGAGCCAACAUGAGCCAGAACGUGGUGGAAGACCUCCGUCAGGUGUGGCUGCCGGAGCUGACGCUGGCCGGCGCUGACCACCUGGUGGCUGACGCGAAUGAGAGGAAGGAGCUGAACUUCGUGGACAGGCAGGGUCAGCCCCUCGAGGACGACGAUGCGGAGCUCGACGAAGAUCAGCUGUACAGCGGAGCCCAAAACGACCUGAUCGCCGUCCGGGAGUACACCCUGCAGCUUCAGUGUUACUACAACCUGGCCCACUACCCCUUCGACACGCAGCGCUGCCCUCUGUACAUCAUCCUAGCCAAGUAUACCUCUGAUCUGUUCAUCGUCCGCAUCAACAAGUUUGGCUUCAGCGGCAACCAGAGGCACCACGAGUACGUCGUGCGAGACAUCUUCGUGACCAACUUGACCCUGGACAACUACGCCGCCCAGCGCCUGGAGCUCGUCUUGCGCAACCAGUACAUCUACUACAUCAGCGCCGCCUAUGUCCCCUCGUGCAUGCUGCUCGUCAUCUCCUACCUCACCUACUUCUUCGACGUCGAGGACUUCUCCAACCGGGUGACGGUGGCGCUGACGUCCCUCCUCGUCCUGGCCACGCUCUUCUCCGAGCUGGUGGGCGGCCUCCCCAAGACCUCGUACUUGAAGCUCAUCGACGUGUGGUUCCUGGGCUGCAUCGUCGCCAGCUUCCUCAUGGUCAUGUGCCUCGUCAUCAUAGACAAGAGGAAGAAAGAGGGCGUCGGGAAGAAGUUCGCAGGCCAGUGGGCGGUGACCAGUGUCGAGCCGCAAGGGAAAGUGGGGGGCGGGGCGAAGAAGGCCCGAGGUUGCAGGGGCGUGAGUAGGACUCAGCUGAACGCCGUCCUGAAGAUCGCUAUUCCAGUGGUGUUCGGCGCCUUCGUCAUUUUGUACUGUGCUUUCGUCAUGAAUGCCCUUAGUGGCUAGAAUUUCGGUUGCUUUCAUACAAACACACGCAAAUGCAUACAGAAACACACACACUUACAUGCGCACAACACAUUUAUCGAUGGAAAUUCACCUCCCCGCUUCACACACACACGUAUAGACAUAGGAGCCUUCAUCAUCACCAAGUAAUGAACAAUCUAUUGUAACACGUAUAACAACCACUAGAAAUGAGGGAUUUUAGCACAUAUCGACUAAAUCUUUAUCAGAAACACGAAUUUCUAAGAUAUUUCUUACGAAACUCAAACAAAUCUGAGCCACAUCGUUUUCCAACUCGUAAUUCGUAAAGUGAACUCGCACUACCAAAUAUCAUAAACAAAGUUACCUGUAAUAACAAUAAUAUUAAUAUAAUAAUAAUG